UGGAAAGGAAGUGUGUAUAAGGCCAUAUGGUUUGAAUUUGUGAUUUUUUCGAUUGCUUACUCGAUUAUCUCAGUAAUAUAUCGUCUUUUACUUACCGAUUCGAAUAAAAGAAAUUUCGAGUACUUUUGCUUACGUUGUGAAAAGCUUACAGUUUUAUUUCCUGUUGGAUUUGUGCUUGGGUUUUACGUCAAUACAAUAGUAAGCCGAUGGUGGGACCAGUUCUGCACCGUUCCAUGGCCUGACACUCUCACCCUACUCAUAAAUUCUUAUGCUCACGGAACGUCCGAGCGAGCAAAGAUGCAGAGGCGGACUUUUAUUCGCUACAUAAAUCUAGCUUUUUGUUUAACAACACGCGAUAUAUCUUCGAGAGCACGGCUGAGAUUUCCGACUAUGGAUCAUCUCGUUUCGGCAGGUCUUAUAACUCCCGAAGAAUUACGUCGCUAUGAACAAAGUGCCUCUGAAAAUACUGGACCUAUGAAUUUUUUGCCUUUAUGCUGGGCUCAAGAACUUGUCACGGAAAUGUAUGAGGAGAAAAGUAUCUCGUUUGACCGUGCAGUCGAGCUCUUAACGGCCGAAAUUGGUCUUUUUCGCGACAGUUUAUUUAAGCUCUGCAUAUAUGACUGGAUCAAUGUGCCUUUGGUUUAUACACAGGUCGCAACAAUAAUUGUCUAUGCCUACUUCGCAGUGGCUAUCUUCGCGUGGCAAUACCUUGACCCAACUCAGAAGUACAAAAACGUCAGUAUGGAUCUGUAUGUUCCAAUUUUCGGUCUGCUUCGUUUCCUUUUUUACAUGGGAUGGCUCAAGGUCGCGGAAACACUUAUUAGUCCAUUUGGCGAAGAUGAAGAUGAUUUUGAAAUUGAAGAAUACAUUGAACGCAACGUGCAGUUUACGAAUUUCUGGGAUCGAGCUUACCACGGUGACAUUCCACCUAUCGUGAAGGACGCCUACUGGGAUGCUGAGGAUAUUAACCUCCCAGCUCAGGUAGCCGGUUUCAAAGCACCAUCCGGGUGUAAUAGUUCUGCCUCUGAAUCAGAGGAUCAAUUUCGUCGACCCACAUUUACUUUCAACCCUGCCGACUAG